ACCUUUUUCUCAAACAAAACUCUUCAUCUUAAUAAACAAAUGCAAUGUAAAAAAAAACCUCAUAAAAUUCUCUCAUAGAAAAAUAUGACAAUGGAUCCAUUAGUGGUUUAUUCUGUUUGUAAUAAAAAGCCUGCACGUUAAGAUGCAGGCUUAGGGACCCAAUACACUCCUCCUAUGUUUUAGUGUCAUCAAAAUUUAAUGUAGAGAGAGCUAAUCCACACUGACUAACAUUACUUCUCUAUGUAGAGAGCUUCACUCAGCAGCUAGCUUUACUUUUCAAUGUAGAGAGCUUCGGUGGUGGCCUUUUCUUACUGAGCUAAGUAAUCGGUCAGUAUUACAUUAAGCCAUAUCUUGUUAUUGAGGGGCUCGUUGGUAAUCAAAUCAGCUGUUGUUACAUGGUGUUCUGAGGAAUUAUCUGUCUACAGACCUUCUAGCGCCAAAAUAUUGGUCUUCAUUCAGUGACCUCUUCAAUUCAGCAAUAAGAUUCUAGCUGACUGAUUCUAGGACUUUGUGUACUGAAUGAAUUAACACUCAGCUAAACAGUACCAUGCCUAUAUACUGGAAGGAUAUUUACCAAAUACUACACCCUGAUCCCGAGUUAACACGGCUUCCUCCAGUGGUUAUCCCAGAAUGCAUGUGGAAACAGUUCAACAGAAAAUGUGAAAAAGUUUGGGCGGAACAAGUCAUACUGCCAUGGAUACAACAAAUGCAAGUUGAUGGUAACUUUAGUCACGAGCUGUCUGACGACCAAGCCCUAGAGGAUUACCCACCACUAGAGGGGGGUAUUCACAGUGUCACAAUAGUGGUAGAAACCUACAUAUACCCCAUCCUCUUAUUCCUGGGAACAAUCAUUACACUGCCUCUUGUUAUCCUCCUGUACAAGUUAAGCUAUGCAGUCUGGUCCACUUGCUUUUUUCUGGCCAUGACCCUAAUCCUAGAUAUGAUUCUGCUCUGUGUGGAUUGUGGAAACAUGUGGUACUACCAAGUCCAUAGAGAAUCUCUCAGCUUCCAAAUCAUCCAUAUGUCCAAUGCCUCUUGUAAAGUCUACACAUUUCUCAUGAGUUUUAUUCGAUAUCUAUCCCCCUGGGUCAUGGUGGUGAUCACAGGAGAUGUGUUUAUUUCAAUGAACUACCCAAAUCGUAUCUACCGCAUGUGCACACGUGAGAGAGCCAAUGCCACACUUCUGCUCAUAGUGGUCUUGUUGACAUUCAUCAACCUUCACUACUUCUGGACAGUUGGUCUGACAGAGAAGGGUAAGAAAUUUUGUCACCUGUCAUAUAUGGAUCGUUCUAUGGAGGUAUUCACACAAGAAAUCCAGCCUUACAUGGACAACCUGCUGGAAACUUUCAUCCCAUUCUUUGUGGCCUCAAUCCUUCUCUUUCUCAUCCUAUGCUACUUUUGCACCAACAGCCAGCAAAGAUUUGAUAUCUUUCAACUAAAGAACUACUUUUUGGAGGUGGAGGCAUUGCUUGAGAUGCGUCUUUUGGGACUGAUUCUUUGUGUGUGGUUUGUGAUUGUGUUUUUCUUUAAAUCUAUCCAUCUCUUGUUAUUAAAGUUCCAGAGUGACGCCUUGGAUUAUGAUACCAUUGCGGCAAUUGACUUAACCAACAACCUCCUAUAUUUUUCCUUCCUAAGUUGCAAGUCAUUACUUUUUUAUGUGCUUAGCGCUAAAAUCAGGAGAUGUCUAAUGGAGGCUGUGAUCGGCAAAUACCGUACUGUGGUCAAGCAAUCACAAAGAUACAUAAUACAACAGCAGUCACCAAAUCUCAUCCAGGAAUCCGAGUAUAGAUCAGAAAUAGUAGACACUGGGAGUAAAAUAUCCACAGAUGUGUAAGGCUGGGAGGCAUACCUAAUAAUAGGAGCAUAGACUUAACAGGUGCUUGUCUAGCACUGAAAAUACUGGAGCAGCAUAGAGGGUAUCCACUAAAUGAUGUAACUGAUCUAAUUCAGAAGCAUAGAAUAAUGGAUUUGUAAUUGAGAAGAAACAGCAACAGCAUGAAAUCAAACAGUAUAAAGUAUCCCCAGGUUUAUAACUGACACGAUACAGGAGCCGAAUCAAAUCUCUACCAUCAAAAUCCAUAUAAUAUCCAUAGAAUUGCAACUGUGAGAAGCAGAUGAUCAACCAUUAUAAUCUGUUAUCAAAACACAUGCACGAAAUAACCAAUUGACAGUCAAAUAAGUAAAAAAGCAAUGUCUUAACAUAAUUAGCCAAAGAAAGAAAUCCAAAAAAUUGAAAAAAUAUGACUGAAAUAUUUGCCAUGUGAAGACAAAAAGAGACAACAUGAAUUAAAGUAUCAAUUUUUGUGAAAAUGAAAUGAAAAAAAAGAAGACUAUAAUAUACAUUGUACAGUUCAUUGCUUUCUGCAUCAAAGAAAAUGUUUAUAGGUAGCUGUACCAACUUUUAGGUAGAGUAAUUUUAAUGUUGUGAACAUGAAGCUUUAUUUUUUAUAAAAUAAAAUGAUGCCAGUGUAUCUCUCAUAUUGCCAUUUUUAAUUCAUUCCAUAUUCUGCAGAAAUUUUAUUUUAUGUGGAAGGAUUAAGAAGACGGCAUUUGAUUUGAACUCUAUAUAUUGUUCAUGUGGUUUCUGAGUAUUUCAAUCUGACAACUGUGUUCAUAAUUUAAUUUUGAUUCCUAAUAAAAAUGAGACAUGAACAAAAGUAGGUUGGUGUGACCUACUUCUUGAAUUUUGAAGACUAGCUAUUUAUUUGUAUGAAAUGAACAUUAUGAAUUAUGAACAUUUCAGAAUAAGAUGCUGAAUCUUAGGUUUGUAGAUUGUAAUUUAAAUUUAAAAGACUUGCAUGAUUUGUUAAUUUUUU